AUGGCUUCGUCCAACACCGAGGAGGAGCGUCUCAAGGCCGAGAUCGCCAAGCUCUCCGGCGCCAUCCAGUCGCACAAGCAAAACAACCAGUACCAUCAGCCGUAUGUGCCCCGAGGAAGAGGCUACUUUUCCGCCGGGCCGUCCUACCGAGGCAGCUAUGGCGCGCCUCGCGGCGGCUCAAUACCUGGACGCGGCAGGGGGCGUGGAGCAGCGGUCAUUCCACCUCGCAACCGCACCUUGAUUCUCAAUGAAUCUGCCUCCAAGCCCAGCACAUCUGCGGUUUCGACUUCUACGCCGACGGAAGCCCCUCCAGCACCAGCAGCGCCGACAGACUCAGGUGCAGCCUCGUCUACAGACGCAUGGAUCAAGCGCAAGUCGACGCACAACAUGAGUCUCGUCAGUGCGUCGACGUUCCAGCGCACCGAGCCGGCGCGGCUGGCUGCGCUCGAGGCCACGCGCAAAGCCAAGGCCGAAGCGCGGUCCGCGGCGUCCCAAACCAAACUCGGCCGGCCCAAGGCUGCCAAACCGUCGGCAUCGGUGCGUCGCGGCGACAACAUGGGCGAAGUGGUCAUCGACGGCGUCGUGUUUGAAUUCGAUCCGUCCGGAACCAAACUCGUCAAGAAAGCCGCGCAGCCCUCAGCAUCGUCCGACGACCAAGCGUCUGCGAGCGCCGCUGCUGGAUCCUCUACCCCUUCCAGCAGUGCGGUACCGCUCAAGAUGAGCAUCAAUGGGCAGGAGUACAUCCGGACCAAGCGCGGCAAUCUCAUCUCUGCCGAGCUGCUCGCCAAGCGUCGGGUACAAGCCAAGAUGGGUCGUCUCGACAAGAUGGUGGGUCAGAUCUCGGCGAUGCAAGCCACGCGCAACGCUGGUCGCUCCAAACGCAGCGGUCCGGUCGAUGUGCAGAAAUCCCGCACGCUGUGUACGUUCUUCAACAAGACCGGGCAGUGCAAGCGCGGAUUGUCGUGUCCGUAUCGCCACGACUCGAGCAAGAUCGCACUGUGUCCCAAAGUGCUGCGUGCAGCGGGGUGUACGUUGCCCAAGGGGACCUGUCCGCUCUCGCACACGCCGCGCGCAGAACGUGUACCGCACUGCGUCCACUACCUCCGCACGCGACACUGUCGCAACGGCACUGCAUGUCUGUACACCCAUGCGGAUCUUGUGGAUGGUCUGGCCACCAGGAUCUGUCGCGACUUUAGCGAGUACGGCUGGUGCGAACGAGGUGCAUCGUGCGAGCAGCGACAUACAUACGAAUGCCCCGACUUUGUCGAGAACGGUAGCUGCCAAAGAAAAGGCUGCAAGCUGCUACACAUCCUCCGAGCCAACGACACAGCCGAAAAGGAUGCAGAGGAGGUCAAGGACGAUGACCUGUUUGUGCGCGACGAUGUAGCGGCCGAAGAGGAGAGGCCAGGGAAGAGGAAACGCCCACUCAUGCAGACUGAACUCGACGACGAACCGAUCCCGGACUUUCUUGCGGCAGAAGGGGAGGAGGAGGAGGAGGAGGAGGAACAGGUGGAUUGGACGACAAACAAGCGCAGUCGAAGCACAAAGGCGUUUACCAACCAGCACGACUUUAUCUCGUUUGCCGACGAUGCAGAUUCGCAGCGCGACGACGAGAGCGGGGAGGACGAUGAUGCCGCAAGUGUGCAUAGCGACGAGUUUGAACUCAGCGAUCGCGAGGACGAGGACGAGAUGGCGAGCGACCAUGAUCACCGGCACGAGGACGAGGACGAGGGCCAACAGGACGAGGACCAGACGGACGAUAACGAUCAUGGCGACGACGAUGACGAUGACGCAGUGGACCGCGAUCUCUGA